UCUUCAUCAGUCUCAUUACAUAUUAGCCACUUGCCUGUGAAAACUUAUUCUAGUACGAGUCAAACCUAUAAAAACGCCUCCGUCCUGGAUUAGUCCAUAUUGGUGGACACGCAAAAUAAAACAUGGGCUUGCUUUAACCUGGCAGUUUCAGAGUGUAAUGAAGCCACACACUCUAAAUAUCCAUAAGUAAAAUGAAAGAAGAGGAGUAGGAAAAACAGUUAUUGAAAGCCAAAUAAAAAAUGAAUACAUUCAUUUUAUCCCGGGGUAAAAAUAGAGAGAGAGAAAAAAAAAUAUUUGAAUGUCACUUUAAAGAAAAAUGACUGAUUUAAUGUUUAAGCUGCUCUACUGAGUCACCUUUCAUUUCUCCUCAGUCAACCUUCCAAAUAGUGGCUCCUCACUUCCACUGAAACAGCUUUCUCACAGCCACGGCAGACUGCCUCCACGAACAGAGAAAAAAACACACAUAUUAAGCCUGAAUGUGCGCCUAAUUGGCUGGACACAUAUGCUGUCUGUAACUAAGCUGCUCCCGGAAUCCUGUGAUCUGUGGAGCAGGUACUCCGGGAGACCAAUUGGCAGGAGCUCCGGUCCAAUCAGCUCCUUUCCUGCGGAGCGUAAAGCCACUUGGGGCGGGGAGCGUGGAGGGCCGCUUGCUCUCUGCGCGCAUUUGUGAACAGACGCCCUCUGGGAGCGCACAGACUUGCGGCACUGUUGAGUUUUCUAGCAGCAUCUUUAGAGGGUUGGAUUGUGCAGGCAGCCCUCCUCCUCCUCCUCCUCUCCUUCCUCCCCGCCCCACCUCUUCCACCACCCGCGGACCCCCCACCAUCCUUCGGUCAUGAUGCAACUUUAAGCAGCGAGAGGAAGUUAAGAACGACGAUCCAGUUUUGUUCUUCCUGCCUAGAGAUGAUGUUCUCUUCCGCCGGGAAGCGCUGCUUCACGAUAGAGUCUCUGGUCGCCAAAGAGAGCCCCCUGCCAGCCGAGGACCCCAUCCGGCCGACGGCGUUGAGUUACUCCAACCCGACCACAGAUGCCUUAAUGAACGGCUACCAGGCUCCGGCGACCAGGCCUCUCUACCAGGGCCCGGAGCUGGUGUUCCCGGAGACGGUGAACCACCCGUCCCUCACCGUGGCCCCGCACCAGCUCGGAGGCUCCCACCUACAGCAUCCGCACUUCUUCGGCACGCAGCACCGGGACCCGCUCAACUUCUACCCCUGGGUGUUACGGAACAGAUUUUUUGGACACAGGUUUCAAGGUAACGAGGUGUCCCAGGACAGCCUGCUCCUGCACGGCCCCUUCGCCCGGAAGCCCAAGCGCAUCCGGACGGCCUUCUCUCCGUCGCAGCUGCUCCGCCUGGAGAGAGCCUUCGAGAAGAACCACUACGUGGUCGGAGCCGAGAGGAAGCAGCUGGCCAACAGCCUGAGCCUGAGCGAAACCCAAGUGAAGGUUUGGUUCCAGAACAGACGGACGAAGUACAAGCGGCAGAAGCUGGAGGAGGAGGGUCCGGACAGCCAGCAGAAGAAGAAGGGGAACCACCACAUCAACCGCUGGCGCAUCGCCACCAAGCAGGCCAGCUCCGAGGACAUCGACGUGACCUCAGAGGACUGAACCCGCACACGAGCCUGAGCG